AUGGCUCCGACGAACCUGCUCGCCGGCAAGACUGCCAUUAUAACAGGCGGCACAACCGGCAUCGGAAAAGCCAUUGCCCUCGAGUAUAUCAAGCAAGGGGCCAACGUCGUCGUGAAUCACCUAGGCCUUGGAAAGGAUCAACCCCACCUCGAUGCUCUGAUUGCCGACGCUGCUGCCGCAAGGCAAGAAAAUCCCAACGCCGGCCGUUUGGCCGAACAGAUUGGCGACGUACGUGAGCCAGAGACUGCUGCCCGGCUAGUUGCCCACGCCGUUGAGCACUCGGGCAAUGGCCGUCUUGAUAUUUGCGUCUCCAACGCCGGCAUCUGCACAUUUGCCGAGUUUCUCGACCUGACACCGGACCUCUUCACCAGGACAGUCCGCACCAACCUCGACGGCGCCUUCUACGUCGUCCAGGCCGCCGCUCGCCACAUGAGUCAGCAGUCGCCCGCGGGCGGUAGCAUCAUUGGAAUCUCGUCCAUUUCCGCCCUCGUCGGCGGCGGUCAGCAAACCCAUUAUACCCCCACCAAGGCCGGCGUCCUCAGUCUGAUGCAGAGCACCGCCGUGGCACUGGGCAAGUACAACAUACGCUGCAAUGCGUUACUCCCCGGCACCAUCAAGACACAGCUCAACGAGGAGGACCUGGCGAAUGACGCCAAGCGUGCAUACACGGAAGGCCGCAUUCCCCUUGGGCGUACCGGUGUGCCGUCCGACCUCGCCGGACCAGCCGUCUUCCUCGCAUGCGAAUACCUUAGUGGAUACGUGACGGGUGCGCAGCUACUGGUCGAUGGCGGUCUCUUUGUCAAUCUCCAAUAA